GCGAGAACAUAAAGAAAUCAUGGCGAUGUUAGGACAACAAGGGCAGUGUAAGUUUGAGGACAAAUGGCCAAGUAUGCGGCCGACCGUCCUCAAGCUGCUUCGACAAGAGGCCGUCACACGUGAUGAGUGGCAUGGACUCUUCUGGGCCGUACAUUCUGUAUGUAUGUGGGAUGAGAAAGACGGACCACCAAAAAUCUACCAAGCACUACAGGAUGACAUUCUGGACUUCAUCAAACAGGCACAAACACGUGUGCUUCAACACAAGGAAGAUUCAGCCUUGUUGCGAGCAUACAUCGCGGAGUGGGGCAAGUUCUUCACUCAAUGUAACUACCUGCCCAAGCCAUUCAACCAGCUAGAGGCCAACCUACUAGGGAAAUUACACAGCAGCAUGCCCAAGAAGGCACAAGGAGGCGAGGAGAGCCUUGUUAGGAAGCUGAUGCUUGACAGCUGGAAUCUGAGUAUCUUCUCCAACAUCAAGCAGCGCCUGCAGGACAGUGCCAUGAAACUAGUUCAUGCAGAGAGGAAUGGAGAAGCGUUCGACUCACAGCUUGUUAUAGGUGUCCGAGAGUCAUAUGUUAACCUAAGUUCUGAUGUAGAAGACAAACUAAAGAUUUAUCGUGAGAAUUUUGAGAAGGCCUACCUUGAGGCGACAGAAGCAUUCUACAAGGUGAAGGCCCCCCGGUACCUGGAGGACAAUGGUGUACAGAACUACAUGCGGUACGCAGACUCCAAGCUGAAGGAGGAGGAGGCUAGGGCUCGCAGGUACCUCGAGACGGGGUAUGGCUGUAACUCAGUCGCAGCUCUGACAGAGUGUUGUGUGCGGGUGUUGGUGACCGACUUCAAGGAGACGAUUCUACAAGAAUGUGCAUUGAUGAUCAAGAACAAUGAGACAGAGAAGUUGCGGUUGAUGUUCAGUCUGAUGGACCGAGUGGCAGAUGGCAUCACACCAAUGCUGCACGACCUAGAGUCACAUAUCAUCAGUCAAGGCCUGGCAGACAUGAUGGCCUCCGCCGAGACAAUCACCUCAGAUUCCGAGAAGUAUGUUGAGCAGCUGCUUGACCUAUUCAACCGAUUCAGUACCCUGGUACGAGAAGCCUUCAGCGAUGACCCACGCUUCCUCACGUCAAGAGACAAGGCCUAUAAGAGUGUAGUAAACGACACAUCAGUAUUCAAGUUAGAAAUUCCAUUGAAAAACAAGGGAGUGGGCACCAAGACACAGCCGGAGUCCAAGUGUCCGGAGCUCCUGGCUAACUACUGUGAUAUGUUGCUGCGGAAAACUCCCCUCAGUAAAAAACUAACCUCUGAAGAAGUCGAGAAGAAACUUAAAGAUGUUUUAUUAGUGUUAAAGUAUGUGAUGAACAAAGACGUGUUUAUGCGGUACCAUAAAGCUCACCUGACACGACGGCUCAUCUUGGACACGUCCGCGGACAAUGAGAAGGAAGAAAACAUGGUGGAGUGGCUGAGGGAGGUUGGUAUGCCAGCAGACUAUGUCAACAAGCUGGCCAGGAUGUUCCAGGACAUCAAGGUCAGUGAGGACCUCAACAACGAGUUCAAGGACGCCCACCGAAACAACAAUGAAGGAUUGGCAGAUGCAAUAAACAUAAAGAUCCUGAACGCAGGGGCGUGGGCGCGGUCUAGCGACAGAGUAGCUGUGUCGCUUCCCAUGGAACUGGAAGACUAUAUUCCGCAGGUGGAAGAGUUCUACAAACAGAAGCACAGUGGUCGCAAACUUCAGUGGCAUCAUCUUAUGUCUAAUGGCAUUAUAACAUUUUGCAAUGAUUUAGGAAGAUAUGAUCUAGAAGUUACAACAUUUCAAAUGGGAGUUUUGUUUGCCUGGAACCAGAGACCCAGGGACAAAAUAUCCUACGAGAGUUUGAAGUUAGCAACUGAACUCCCCGAUGCAGAACUCAGGAGGACUGUUUCUGUGCUUCAGUCCCUGGUGGCGUUUCCCAAGAUAAAGCGACAGAUCUUGUUGUGUAGUCCGGAUGUGAAGGCCCCCAAGGAUGUUGACGACAACACACAGUUCUGGAUCAAUCAGGAGUUUGCCCUUAUCAAAAACGGAAAAGUUCAAAAGCGUGGCAAGAUGAACCUGGUUGGCCGUCUGCAGCUAUCUACAGAGAAGACAAAGGAGGAGGAUAAUGAAGGCAUAAUGCAGCUUAGGAUAUUACGUGUACAGGAGGCAAUAGUGAAAAUAAUGAAGAUGAGGAAAAGAAUUACAAACGCUGCCUUACAGACCGAACUUGUAGAAAUCCUGAAAAACAUGUUUCUGCCUUCAAAGAAACUGAUUAAAGAACAGAUCGAGUGGCUCAUUGAGCACAAGUAUAUGAAGCGAGACGAGGAGAACAUCAACAUGUUCAUAUACAUGGCAUGAACACUAGCAACAUGAACAUUAUGCAAUUUUCAGGGACGUGAAAAUUUCAUACUAGACUGAAGAAGGUUUUCCCCUGUACACAUGGGGCAGUUUUAAUUCAUUGUCUAUUUAUUGGUGCAAGCCUGAGUGUGAACACAGUUGGAUGUUUUCAGAGGUCAGCCAGUGAGCUGGCCCAAGCAGUAGGUCUCUUGAAAUGUCCUGAAUGAUCAGGUGGGACAAGCAGCCUUCUGGGCCCACUGUACUGAUGUUUGGAUUCAAUUUAAUGGAAGUGUUCAAAUGACUGAGAGCUAGAAUUCCUUGAAUGGUGAAAUUGUAUUCAGAUUUAUGACUAAAUUAUGAAACAAGUUGGUUUUUCAAAGUUUGAGUCAGAAAUAUUGAAGUCGGCAAGCUUGUCACUAAAGCAUUUUAGGAUGGAUGUCAUGCCAAAUGAUGGCACUGUUAUCUUAAACUCCUACAGAUGUCAACUUCAGUGAAUUACUUGCUCAUAUUUAGAACAACACCUAAAUGCACAUUUUAGAAAUACCAUUGAAUAUUAUACUUCUAAAAUUGUUAAGGAAAACACUAUACAUUCAUGUUACUAUAGUUCAUCUCCUCCGGCAUUAAUCCAACACUUGAAAUAAUGUACUAGUUUACAGCUCUCUAAGCAAUGUCAGCAAGUUUUACAAACUGCAUCUCAUAACUUUUCUCCAUGUCUGAAAUAUGGCAGUUCUAGUGGUCAUGAAAGCAUCUGCGUCUUACCGUCCCUUUGGCUGAAGAUUGUCUGAAGAAGUUCCAAGUUCCUGUGGUGGACAGGCAGGAUUACCUACAGCUAGACACCAGUCCAGCAAGACUGUGGGGAGCAUGGACAUUGGAAGUGAGAAGUCUGCUGAAGGUGGAGACACAAAGCAGCCUAGACUGCUGUGUUCACUUCAUAGAUAACCUGUCUUGAUUAUGGUAUAAAAGUUGGUCAUCUAGUAAAGUAAGUCCGCCAAUAUGGAGAUAUCUUGAUACAGUGGAAACCUGUUAAUCUGUUCUUUGCAACAUGUAAUGGAUUGACCAAUGUCUGGAUUAUGGAAACUACAUUGUUAGGAGUGCCUGAUUGCCACUGUACAGGGUUUGCUGUAAAGGAAGUGUUUGGUUGUCAACAUUUUAAUGGCCUACUUGAAGGAUCUUCCACCUGCUGGGACAUUGGUAGCCAUGUGGCUAUGGCCUUGCUCUGAAGCGUUGUGUUCCUUAGUCAACCCCAUUUGAUGUAUUACAAUUUCUAUCUAACCACAAUUAUCCAGAAAGGGAGGUGUCCAGAUUUGUCAGGGUCCUCUCCUACAGGGUCUCACUGUACAGGGUGAAACAGUUUUACAGGGCUGCUAGUUAUACAGAAUAGUCAACUGGUUGAAAGACACCACAUCUAUGAGAUCAACACUGUUGAAUCUAGAAUGGUUGACAGUUAAAUAUUUCUUGAAAUAAUGUUCUUUAUACGCACACAUAAAGCUUGUAGUAUGCUCCAUAUUUCUCUAUUAGAUGUCUAUGCCAAUUACAUGAAAUGUUUUAACGUGUUUCAAUCAAAUAAGGUUUUACCAAUACUUUUAUGAUGUGAGUGUCAGAAUAUUGAGUACAUCCUAUCAGUCUUUUGCCCUCUCAUCUGUGUUAAAAGAGACUGACAACUUUCUGCCCUGUAUGCAGUGGGGUACACCUGACUAAUAGCCUUUAUUUGAAGAGACACAUAUCAUUUAUGACCUUUAUUCAGAGGACACAUGAUUUAUUACCUGUAUUUAGAAAGACACAUUAUUAAUAACCUUUAUUCAAAAACAGAUAACCUUUAAGCAAAGAGACAGAUAUGAUUGAUUUCCUUGAUUAAGAAAGACACAUGAUUCCAGAUAACCCAGAUCAUACCAAUGCUUACAGUUUUCACCAAAGUGAUAAAGACCCGCAUGGUUUUCUCCAUGAUGCAAUGGUAUGUUAAAGGACUGUUCCAAGCAACAUUAACUGAAACUCAAUCACCAUUGUCAGUCACCUGUUUCAGCGGGAGUGUUCUCCUAACAACUCUUCCAACAUCUCACUAACAACAGUUACACUUGUCAGGACCUAGACUGGAGCUGGAAUUAUAGUAUCCCAUAUAUAAUGUAUGACAUAACAUAAGACAAACAAAUAUAACAUCACAAAUAUAGUUUGAAACAUUGCAUUGAAAGAUUUUCAAGCAUUUGGAAAACACCAAGGAAAUUGAAAAUAUAUACCUCUGACUUUUUAUGUUAUUUUUAAUUCAUGUAGGAAACAGACUGGUUCCAGUCUAGUGAGACGACGAACACAUCAGGGACCUGUUGAUCAUAACCUCACCUACUGUCUCAGUAUUUUCAGUGUAGUGGGAAAAUGAAGGAGGAGGGACAUGGACUCAGUUGUAUCCCAGUUCUACGGGAGAAUCAUCUCAGGUGUUGGUAAUGAUGCCUGUAUUCAUAUUUCAGUGUAUCUUUUUGCUCUUAGAUUUAUAGAGAAUGUUUUAAGUAAUAGGCGGUCAUAACAUCAUGACUCUGUGUUAUAAUGUAUUGACAUUCUGCUGCAUGGUCUGGUGACGCUUUGAAGAGUCUUCAUUCAAUGCUUCUUAGGUACUAUUAUCUUGAAAACACAUUUAAAAAAUAUGUAUUUCGUUCGAACAACAACUGUGACUAAGACUAUUUAAGACCAAUAAGUGGAUGCUUCCCUGUCCAAACCAGUCUGUGUAGCCAGUUCCUAGCUCGGUGUGGAGAACCCUCAUUUAGCACCAACUGUUCCAGAGAUGCCAAAACCCUCCCGAAUUUAUCGGAUUCAUUAAAAAAAAUGCAUGUCGAUUCCGCCAUUCUGACAAAGGCAAAUUCAUUCAAAAUUCAUUCCGAUUUUGUUCAAAAUAUAACAAAGAUAUAGAUAGAGGGCUAGGAUCAUCUUUGACUAUAAAUAAUGAUAAUUAAAUAAAUAGAACACUAUAUUUACAGAAGUUCUCAAAUUGUUUACACAAGAAAGUAAUCGGAUAGUAGAGUAGGCUGCCUGAUAAAUUCCAUGCACUGUUUUUUUAUUCACUUAACAUUCACAAACACUGCUGCCGAGUACUGACAACCCAUUUCAGUUGUAUAAGGAUCGCUAUGUGUAAUGGCAUUGAAAGUUUCGUUCCUUGAGUGCAACAAUUUAUAAGGAUCCUUCAUUUGUAGGGAACAUUUCUAUUUUUUUCUAUCUUAGGGAGCUCAGAUUCCUAAUUGCUCCAAUUUGGGGUUGGCAUCUCUGCUGUUCUAUGGGAACCCUGGCUUCAACUCUGAUCAACGUGUGCUGCCAGCUUCCUGUGUCCCUGGCCAUGGCUUACGUACGGUGCUGGGAGAAAUGUAAAACCACACUUCCCCCUUCGGUCUACGAUUCAAUGCGAUUCUGUGUGUAUGUUCUGGUUCCUGAGUUCUUGUUGCACCUCCAUCUGUGUUUGUAAGGCCUUCUUUAGUGCAGGUGAACUGCUGUAAAUGAAAGGGUCCUCGUGACGAGAUCUAUUUUAAUGUGAAUCAACUUGGAAAUUGAAUAUUUAAGUGUCACAGGUGGUUAGGGGAUCAGUACAGUUUUUGUGGUAAACCCUUCCUCACUUCAAACCUUCCCUCCUCUCCAUGUCAUAACGGAAAUACGGUUCUAAGUGGUGUUACAAAGUCACCCCAUUGGUCUCUUGAGUGGACACAUGCACUGCUCUGAAGGAGCCAGCCAGCUUAGCCAUUCACAUCACAAAGAUUAGAAAAUUGUUUGAUAUUGCACAAUCAUAGAAAUAUUGAUAUUUUGGUAAAUAGGCACUUGAGCUUAGCGUGUGGCAUUAAGAUUUGUUUGUAGGAAAGGUGAAAAAUUUAUAUUUGUAUUUAAGAAAACUAUGUAGUUUCAGUUAGUAUAGCUAUUUUCUGAUGUGAUGUAAUGAAAUAUUUCAAAUCAUUCAGGUUUGUGGGAUCUUCUUUAAGUAUGACCUAGGUUCUGUACAGGGUUAGCUCGAUACAACUGCAUAGAUAGGCGAUGGAGACAGAGGCUUUGCGUGUCCAGCUUGGCAUGGAACGCUUUCUGGGUUUGUCAGCACCAUGUGAAGGUCUCCGGCCCACCCACAUUAGGCUGAUACAACUGUAGUACUGUUUAUUGUGGCAUUGAACUCAACUCACUCACUCACUGGGGUGGAAUGAGAGGGAACUAGGAGUAUGAAAUACUCACGGUGGUGUUUCCAUCAGUGACAGUGGCUUCAACUUGCAGUACUACACACUGCAGGCUCAUCUCUAAGAUAACUCUAAGACACUGGGUGAAUUCCCAAACCUUGUUCUGGCCUCCCAGGAAACUGAAGGGCGUAAUAGGUCCCAAUUCAGCAGUGUUCCUCCCUGAUGCAGGUCUUCAGUAUACGACAGAACACCUUGCAUGCCACCUGAGAUUCCCCAGUACACUAAUCUUGUCUCAGUGAUAGGUCCCCAGUGCAUUAAGCUUGUCUUCUGUGUUGAUUCAGAGGCAGGAUAGGUCCCCAGUUCACAUUUCAUCCUGUGUGGAUUCUGGGGUAGAAUAUGUCCCCAGACAUGAUAGGUCCCCUGUCUUGCAUCGUGUGUGGAUUCUGAGGUAGAAUAUGUCCCCAAACAGGAUAGGUCCCCACCUUGCAUCCUGUGUGGAUUUCGUGGUAGAAUAUGUCCCAGAGCCCUAAGCUUGUUACCCCAUGUCGAUUAGAGACAGGUUCACAGCCGAUCAUACAAGCUGACUGUUGUUUGGUCAAUACCAUGUGCAAUAUUGACUGCUGUCAUUACGGCUGCAUUGUUUUGGUUAGCAGGAUUUCCUACCCCAGAAUCAAUUGUCGACAGGUUGCUGGAAUACGGCUGAAAUGUUGCUGGCUGUAGCACAAAACAACAUCCAGUCACUGGCUUACUGACCGAUAGCACCACUGUAAUUCCUUACUGACUGAUAGCACCACUGUAAUUCUUUAAUGAUCCCAGAUGUAGAUCCUUUGAAAUACUGUCAUCGUCAGCAUUAUCCAAUCUUUGUCUGCAUCAGUUAUCAUGCUGAAGAUGAUGAUAGUCCAAAGUAUUGAUGCAGUGAGUAAAUCAGUAGAUGGGAAUAACUUUUAUAACAACAUUCCUCGACUGAGGAUGGAAUGCAUGUAUUCUGAUUCCUAUCUCCAUAAGGACAUCAGCACUGUGACCUCUUUAAUUCCCCAUGGCAGUAUUCCACUAAGGAGUUGUCAGUUUGGGCUGUCAUGUCAGACCCACGAUUCCCAAACAAAAUAUGAAAUUUGUCAUGUGUUUGUCAAAAGUGGGUUUGUUGAAUGCAUCUUCAUCACCGAUACCUUACAUGUUGCUCAGUAUGAAUAACAUGUUCAUCCGGUCAAGUCUUGGUUAUUAUUUUGCUUCCACCAUGAUAAUGCCAUUUGUACAAAUCUCUUAAACUUAGUGCAUCACAUUGGCCAGACACGUUUACUGUAUUAUGUAUAAGUUGGUUUUCAGGAUUUUAUGGAGCAUGGCCAACCAACCCAGUGGUUAAAGGCAAUGAAUGCUCGAUGCAGACUUGCAUCCUAGAUCUGAUUACCGAACAGGUCCUUCAGUAUCUGUACUGAUAUAUUGCCCACCCCAGUGUUGGCUACACCUCCCCUCUCUCUAGUCUUUAUUCCUGACCACACUCCAUGGUCCCAUAAGAUGUCUGUAUGGCAAGUACACUUAGUUCUUGAAAGCCCAGAUCCUUUACAAAGUCAUUUACACUGGAACUGAUGUAACAUCUGACAGACCAGAACCAACAUACCAACAAUAUUUCUGGAACAUUAUUUAAGGAACUUGAACUUGAUUAUAGUCGACUGAUAGUGAACCUCUAUUUCAUUGCUUCCGAUUAAUUAGAACAUGAACAAACCUGAAGACAAACACUCAACACUGUAUAUAGUAAGUGUUAUAGGUUUAUUUCAGUAGAGCACUAUCUGGACAUACACAUCUGUGAGAUACGUGGAGUCACUAUGGUAGACAGUGACAUCACUAGCAAUCUAUAUGUGAUUCCUGGCUAUUGAACCAGCCAGAACGCACAACCAUGUGAGCUGUGAAAGUUAAACCAUUCGCAUGAAUUGUAAUCAAAUACAGUACAUUGAGCAUGCAGUGUAUAUGUUGCAAUGGUAAAAGCCAUGUUUCUUUUUUACAAAUUUGGGACAUAACCUCAAGUAUUCAUACGCAAUGAACAGUCUGAUUUGAAGCCUAGGAAUCUAAUGUUUUGUCAAUCAGAGUAUGGCACACUUCAUCUUACAAUCACAGGUGAUCAAGUGCAUGGCACAAGUCCAGGCACCCUAUCAUCGUACAUCAUACAGGUGAUACAUCUUUGGCUGUAUGGAGCAGUUAUAUUUCCUUAAACUUUGUGAACUUAAUUGGGAUCCUUAAUUAUGCUGUAUUAACUGCCGAUAUCGGUGUGAAAUUGGGAUGCCGAUUUGAUGUGAAUCUAUGAGAAAUAUUUCUAUUUUUCCUAUCUAUUUAUUACUAUGUGUAAUAUGUUAUUGCUAGGAAUAACUGACGUUUCCGUGAGAAUGAACCUCCAAGAAUAUGUUGUUGUGUAAUAACUGUGUGAAUUGUGGGGGUUAUCCCACGUUAUGUACAUAUGCUUUUUUUAAAAGCAGAAAAAAAUAAAAAGUGUAUAAUAUGUCA